GCAGCGUUGUAGACGACGCGAGGCUCUGUGCGUAGCGCGGUAGCUCUCUGAUUUCUCGCUGUACUUGCUCGUAAUCGUGUGCCGUGCUUGGUGGAAGCACUGCUCACUUCGCGCUCCCGUGUUGUCGUAGCUCCGACAGAGACGAGUUCGCGCGUCUGAGGCGAGGAUGCCGCGCCUCCGUCGCUAUUGCUUCACAGGCGUCGCACUUCUUUGGUGCUGCCAAUGGCACGGCACCGCCUGUGGGGCCGUUUCUGUGGGGCCGCAUCGGACCGCACCACGAGAUCCCGUGACGCGGCCGGAACGGGCCGUUCCGGCUCGUGCCAGAAUGGGGAGGUGUCGGAGUGCGUCAGCAAGCUGGACCUGCUGUCUCAAAACCAGAGCCUCGCCUUCGCUACUACCGAGGCCGAGCUGAAACGCGUCUGCUCCCACCUGACCGGUGCCUUGGACUGCGUGAAUGCUUUCACGCGGCGCUGCUUCAAUGAAAAGCAGCAGGACGUCUACAAGCGGCUCACCAGCGGUGCAGCUCAGCUCAUCGAAGACUUCUGCCGAGAGGGGUCUCCAUUUAGACUGACCUACCUUAAACACUCGAAAUGCUACAAGGAGCUGCAAGACGACUACAACAAGUGCGCGUCCAUCUAUGUGGCUCAGCGGGCGGAGACACAAGUACAGACGAUGAGUGCCCAGGACAAGAUACGCAACUCCUGUUGUCAAAUGGAUGGCUACAAGCAGUGUGCCAAAACAGCUGUGCUUCGACAUUGCGACGUGGAAGCAGCUGAACUAGCCGAAGACAUCAUCGUCAAGGCUGGCGGCUACCUCGUGACCACGCACUGUUCCGGUUACCGCAUUGACGAGCCCAGUUGCCGCGGGUGUUCCGCGCGUGUGGCCAUCGCGCUGUCGGCCACCGUGGCAGUGAUGGCGGGGCUGCACCUGCUCCCAAGAACACUCUGAGAGCCGUUCUUACAUGAUCGGGAAACUACU